AUGUUAGGGAUGCUGGAUGAUGAUGAUAACAACAGCAACAACAACAAUACAACCUCGAACGAGGAUGACAAUAAUAAAAACAACGACAAAGACAACAAUCUAGAAGUCGGUAAUCGCCCUGCAUGCUCUGCGUGCAAGCAUCAAAGGAAAAAGUGCAAAAAAGAAGAAUGUCCCAUGUUAAAGCACUUUCCAGCGGAGAAGGCUGAUAUCUUCAGUGCAGUUCACAAAGUUUUCGGCGUAUCCAACGUAUCUAAGAUCAUCAAAGUCUUAGAACCGCAUGAACAGGAGAGAGCAGUCGAGUCUCUUGAAUGGGAAGCAUUGGGGUGGAAGAAGGAUAAGGUGCAUGGACCUUUAGGUAUGUACAAAACUUUGGAAGAACAGAACCUACUGAUCAUCGAGAAGAACCAGAAACUGUUCGAACAGAAUCAGAAGUUGCAAGAAGAGAAUAGAUCCCUGAAGGAAGGUCUCAGAUCAAUGCAACAGUCUCCAACAGAGACCUGUAGUAAUAACGCUGGGGUGCUAGCCGUCCAGCCUGGGGCUGGAAACGUGAUGAAUUAUUACCAUGGAAGUGGAAGUUUAUCACUAGAACCAGGAAUAACUAAUGCUGCUCAAGUUUCUGCGGCAAGAUUUUUACAAGAUCAACGUGGAAGAGAAGUUUUACCUAUUGCUGCUGCUGCACCAUACUACGAUGUAAAUCAUGCACAAGCAGUGCUAGCCAAUAUGGGAAGCCAUCAUGCGGGUCAAAGCAGUAGAGCAGGUUAUUCUUUGGCCAAUGGAUUGUAUAGUCACUAUUCUACUUCUCAUCCUUCCAUUGAUAGGCGAAGUAUCAACCAAGUGAUGCCUUUGUUUGGAUACCCUAGUUCUCAACAGCUUCAAUUCAUCAAUUCUGGUCAGAGAAACACUCCAGAUAAUCGGUAG